AUGUGGAUCUACCUGGACCGGAACACUCCCAGCCAAGAGCUGGUGAAGACAGCAGAGCUGCCCCCCAGCCAGAACUACGUGCUGGGAUCCCACCCCCACGGGGUCAUGAGCACUGGAGCCUUCUGUAACUUCACCACCGACUGCAAUGACUUCUCACAGCGCUUCCCAGGGCUGCAGCCCUGGCUAGCCACACUGGCCGGCCUCUUCUACCUUCCAGUCUUCCGAGACUACAUCAUGGCUAGUGGACACUCAGCAGCGUCCUCUCUCUUUCUCGCCCCUCCCAGGGCCUCCCUGGUGCCUGUGUACUCCUUUGGGGUGAACGACACCUUCAAAGGUAUGAAUUUCUCCAAAGGCUCCUGGCAGUACCUGUGCCAGGUCACCUGCAAGAGGGUCACCAGCAUAGCUCCCUGCAUCUUCUGGGGCCGUGGUCUCUUCUUGCACAACUCCUGUGGUCUGCUGCCCCUGCCCAUGCCCAUCACCACCGUGGUGGGCGGCCCCAUCCCCGUGCCCCAGUGCAGCAGCCCCAGCCAGGAGCAAGUUGACCACUACCACAGGCUCUACAUGGACGCCCUGGAGCGGCUGUUUGAGGAGCACAAGGAGAGCUGCGGGGUCCCUGCCUCCACCCACCUCACUUUCUUGUAGGCUUGGUUCAGCCUCCCUGCUGAACCCCUGAGCCCCGUGCACUUCGACCCCCAGCUCCUGCCUUGCCCCGCCCCUGCUAUAAAAAUCCAUUCUGCCAGUGAGCAGGGCAGGUACAAGCCACCCAGCCUUAUUCUCUCCCCCUCCACCCAACCUGUCUGAUAAGUCCUUGGCUGGCCUUUGGAUGCAAAACCCUGAGCCCAGCCUUUGCGGAUCCGUGCUCAGGACGGACUGUGGCGCUGGGACAGGAGUAAGGAGCUGCUGUGGCCAGGCGGGUGCGCCCACACCGUGCUGCAAGGAGCCUCGUGGGCGCCUGCCUGAAACUCGGCCGCACCCCUGCGCCCGUGGGGCCUCUCCAGGUUUGGGAGAAGGAGCUCUUGAAGCAGUGCCUGAACCCGCCAAGCUGCUGGCUGUGCUGCGCGCCACGAAGUGCUGGGCCACCGCGGUUCCCAGGCCGCCUGCGCCCCCUGCUGCCCUUCCAUGCCCAUCCACUACACCUGUGAGCCCCAGACUGGCCCUUCAGCUCAAGCAGUGUCCCAGGAGACAGGCGGGGUCCCUGUCGCGCGCCGGCCAGGCAGGUCCCCGAGGUGGUCCUCAAGCCUCGCUCUCCCGAGUGGUCCUUUGGCUACUGCCCCAGUGCUGAACUCUGGCCCUGCCUCUCCUGGCUGCAGGAAGGGGCCGCUGUGGUCCCUGCAGCGGCUGCGGUGACCUCUGUGCAGAGAUGCGGGCGUGCAGGGGCUGUAGGCAGCUGUGUGAGGAGCCCGGGGCGCUCUACCGCCUCCCUGUGGACAGGCAUCUCCUCCUCACCUAGCCUGGUCGGAGUCUGGCCCCAAUGGGAACCUUCCAUGCUGGGUCUG